AACGAGCAUCCAUUCAAGAUGGCGGCUCUUUCCCCUGUUGUCCGAGAGCCUCCUCUUUUGCUAUUUUGUGAUACUUUUAGCCACCAAGAAAAUGAGGAAAUGCAUUUGGACCUGGUUAGUUUUCCUCGUCCAGUCUCCAUUGAGGAAGUCAGGGUGAUUCCUGCCGGUCACCGUGUGCAUGCGGCCAUCAGUGACAGAGAGAAAGUUGGAGAAACCCAUCCACCUUCAUUUAAACUGGACAUGUUCAUCAGAAAUCUUGAUAACCCAGGAGCUGUGGUGUUCGAAAGGCUUGGAGUUUUGGACUACAAGGAACCCAAUAAUUUUCAGAUUACUGCCUCUGUCAAGGCUGCAACAGAUGUGGUAGUUCUGCGAGGCUGGUACACCAGUAUCACCAUAUCUCUCUAUGGAUACUUUACAGAACUUUCUAGAACAACAGUCCAAGAUGUAAGACAAGAGCCACACCCAGACAGACCAUCAGUCAUCAUGGAACAAAGACAAGAUAGAGGACCUGAAGAUCUUGAGAAACCACCUGAAAGACCUGAACGAGGGUACCAAAGAACCUAUGAAAGAUCUCAUGAGAGGGGUUACCUUGAGAAAGGGUUAGAUAGAAAUGAACGCUAUGAAAGAUCCUUUGAGCGAGGUCUUUUUGAAAGAGGGUUGGAGAGAACAGAAAGGAGUUCCAGAGGUUCAGAACCAAGAGAUGAGUAUGAAGGAAGAAGAAUAGAUGAUGAGGUAAGACCCAGAGAUGAUGAGCGAGCAAGAUCACUAUCUAGAAAACCAGAUAUUGAUUCUCGGGCAAGGAUGUUAGAAGAUGAAAGAGGAAGAAGUAUUGGAGGUUCCUCAUCAGAUGAUGGGCGAAAAGCACGAGGAAGGGGUCCAGAUGAUCUGAGACCAAGAAAGCUUGACAGUGAAGGAAGGAGCAGAAGGUAUCUUGAUGAGGAGGAACGUGUAAGAGGAAGGAGUAAAGACAGGACUCCAGUCAAGUCACCACCUCCUAAAAAGAGGUUGUCUAGGGAAUCUCCAUCCAAGGUUACGGCAACUGUUGGUGAGAGUACGGCUGAUAAGCCAACCACUCCUCCUGGCUCACCUAGGGAAGAGGCUGAAGAAACCAACUCUAGGUCAGGGUCGCCUUCCGAUGACCUGUUUGAACCACUCACYCCAGACCACUCCCCCUCAAAUAUGUUUUUGUCAGAUGAAUGUGUGGAUGAUGAGGAGCAGGAUGCUUAUGAAGAAAUUCUUAGUGAUGAAGAGGACAUGGCACUUGACGAAGGUGGUCUAGAUGAAACAUCUGUUCAAUUUGACCUUGACUUGUACAGUGAAGAUGCUUGGAUGUCUGUAUCAGUCAGUUUUAAUCCCUAUCAGUGUGACCUCUCACCUCUGACAUCAUUUCCUGCACCAGAACAAACAGACCAUGAUGCAGCUCUGCAUAAAUUCAAAGAUGCAGCUACCACAGAAACAGCAAAGGAUACGGGUGAAAAACUGGUUGAGCAGGUUGAGCUGUGCAAAGUCUUGGAAAGAAACACAAGAUGGGUAGAAGUGUUUGAAGAAAUACCGCCUUUAAUUGUACCAGGACUGGCUUAUAUCAUGAGGACCAAGGAGGAUAGUGAUGUUAUCCUCACAAAGUUUGUGGAGUGGACAACCUUUGCUCUGAAUGUAGAAGAAGCUAUGAAGCUUCCCAUUGCUGUUAAUGUGAGGCUGUUGAAGGCAGGCUUAAGAAUGGUCUAUGCUCUCUGUAACUGUGGACCUGAAAUUGCUGCUCUGCUCAUUAAUGCAGGUGUUCAAGAGAAGCUCCACAUUGUAUUAACAACAGAUCACAUGUCAUCUUCCAUGAAGCUGUAUGCUUUACAAGCUUUGGACAGUUGCACCGAUAGUCAUAUUUGUUUGGAACAUUUCCUUGGGUGGGAUACAGCAUCUCAAGACGAAGAAGACAACAUGAUUGAUGUCAAAGAAGAAAACAUUCAAAGUGGAUACCAAAAACUUGUGGAGUUUCUUCUAACAAACCAGACUGUGCGUGUGGUUAAUGCUGCCUCAGCCCUGACAAGAAAGGUCCAUUUGUAUGAAUUGUUGGCUUCAUUUCAAAACGCUGUUGAAAGGGUAAUGAAGGCAACGGCAGAAACAGCUGCAGCAGUAUCCGAAUUUGAAACCACUGAAGCUGACACUGAGCUUGGAACAGAAAGCAAAGACCAAAAGGCAUCAUCAAUCAAUGAUUUCAACAUGGAUGUGUCAGCAGUGAACAAGACUCUGAAGGAUGGUCCUGCUUCUCUUGAUGAUACAGAGAUCAUCACAGUGACUCUGGAUGAGAUUUAUACCAUCCUACACAAAGCACCUGAACUUAUUGUUCAACCCCCUAUCAAAGCCUUUCCUACCACAGCAAAGAUCACUGCUAUUGAUGCUGCCAUCAAGGAUCCUUAUCCUGUCUUGUUCAGGCUUUUUGCUGUCAGGAGAUUAUUAGAGUCCAUUGUUGUUCUAAUGUCAUCUCCUCUUGCCUGUCAUCCAAUGGUGUAUUGUGGUGUUAGAGAUCUGAUUUUCCUCCUUCUGCAGACGCAGAGAGGUUUGCUGUUCCUGUCUUCCCACCCUGAUACUGUCAGCGGUCUGAUUAGAGUCCUCACACAGACUACAGAGACAGAUGUCCAUCACAGUGAAGCACCACCUCUUCAUGAAUUCCUCAGGAAUGGUACAACAGCUGAUCUUUGUACCCCACAGCACCUUGGUCUGCUGUUGAUAUACCAUCUACAGGCACUGCAGGCUGUCGAUCAGCUCAAGACCUCAUUAGCUACUGGAAUUUCUAGUACGGAACUUGAUGGAGCCGACACCCUCUCAACACUACAUACUCUCUACUCCAUGACAUUUACUAUGAUAGGUAAAGCAGCUGUGGUUUCGGUAUUGAGCAUGGAGGAUAACUUUGCUUCGUUAUUGCCGUUCGUUGAGCCCACAGGUGAUCCUGCAAGCGACAUGAAGCUUAAGAAAAGUGUAUCCAGCCGAUAUGCUUCAGUCCUGGUUCUACUCACCAUCAAAUCUUCAGAGAAUGUGGAAAUGUUAUGCAAGCUUGGCCCUCGUCUCCUUGCCGUCACAGAAAAUCUGGAUGUGGAAUCUCCUUUGGCAGAGCUGACACACUGGCUGGACCCUAUCAAAGAAAUAACAUUUGACGUGUCUAGUAUUGUUAAGCUUGUUCAAUAUGUUGAGAGCAAACUAAGUCAGUUAAAUGCUUCACCCAAUGUGGCUUGUGGUGUUCUGAUGGCAUUGAGGAUUCUCAAACACUUGGUGUGUCCUGUGAAAGAUGAUCAACAGAAAUCACAAGGCUACCAGAAGGAUCUGACAGUCAACCUGUCCUGUAUGAAACUCUUCUCUGCCAACGCGAUGGACGUCUUCAUCAACACUCUACAAAAAGUAGGCGAGUUUGUGCUUCAUCCCUGGAGGAAAGGACAACCCCUUGGCACUGGCCAUCCCUUAGUGACCAUCUCCAUGGCAACACCCUUGCUAGCGUUGUUGAAGAUAAUGUUGACUGAGCUGCUUAAUACUGGUUCGUAUCAGUUUAAAGACACGAGACUGAUGACGUCAUUGAUGUUGUUGCAUACUGUGAUGUGUUCUGCACCCAUGACUGGUCAGCUGCAUAACCUUGCACAACAGGCUUUUUUGGGUGGCCUUGUGUUGCUUUCUGAGUUACUUCCAAUACCUUUACCUAUGCAUACUUUAGAGGAUUUGACCCCAGAAGACGUCAUUCAAGUCAUGAACCACAGGUUACUAUGGAGYGCCCACUUGAACCCCCUGAGCUCUGAUCUACAGGGAAUACUCAAGUCGCUUGCGGUGUCAGCGUGCCACAACCUACAGCAAGUUCUUCGUCGUGUYUGCUCUCAGUUAGCAGAUCUCUCAGCACCCACAGCCUUCAAUAUUGUCAGAACACUGUUGGAAGUUCUCGACACAGAGAUGUCUAAACCAACUGAAGAAGAUAAAAAGACAUGUACUUCUGAUGCUGUUCGUAUCAUGGCUCUCUUAGCAUUCCUYUCGUCUCAACCUGCUGUCAAGAUCUCGCUGCUUCAGCUCCUCAAGAUAAGCCGUGCGGGCAAGAAUGAUGACGUAAUGUUUCCCAAUCUCCUCCCGUCCAUGUUGGCUUUGUUGAGCGCCGAACCAGACGCCUUGAUUGUGCCACGUGCCCAGUACUGCAUUGUGUCAAUUAUCCAGUCCUUAUGCGAUCCAAGUGUUAGUUUAACAUCCUUCGUAACGCCCUACACCAACCAACACCUGUCCAAUACAUUACCAGACAGUGAAAUGCUGUCAGUCAUUUGUACAGCAUUACUAGAUCACGUGGGUUCARUCCACCAAGCCUUUGCUACCAUCUUACUGGCCUUGAGGUCAAUGGUCACCCUGACUGAACACAACUAUGGUGUAUAUCAUCUCAAAAGCACUUUAGAAAAGAACAAAGAAGUGUUCCAUCGGCUUUUGAAACGCCUCUCCUCAUCUUUCGAGACUGGUAUACCUGGACCAGACAGCUUAUCCACUCUGUCUACAACCACUGAGUUACUCCAGCUACUGAUGCCAGAGGAAGCUACCAACAUAGCAGUGGCCCAGGAGUCUGCCCCACCCAUUGCCGACGUCACUGAGACACAAGAAACAAAACYGGUUACUCCUACUGAAACCGAGGACACAGAAGCGGAGAGUACCGAAGAUUUGACCAAUGAGAGUAUCAAACCAGRCCCGGAUAAACCAGUUAAACAAGAAAUCGACCCAGAAUGCGUGACACAAGGAUUCCCGAGCGUCACGCUCAAGGGGGAACUUUUUGGGGUGUUUGAUGUAGAGGAGUUAAAACCAACGUCUGAGAUAUCGGUGUCCGUGGCUCAAAUGAAAACCUUUUUGAAAGCAGACAACGAGGAGGAGUUUACGCUUAAAGUGUUGGAGAAGAGACUAGAGGAAAGCUGUAAGGAAGACGAAACGCUAGAAACUCUUUUGGAGGGGAUAACAACACUGAAACAAAUCCUGGAGAAAGGCGAAGACACGAAUAAAGAACCCGAAGAAGACAAGGAACCAGAUUUGCCGUCGUCUCUCCCGUUACAGCAGUUAUUCAACGACAGAAUCACGUUCAUCGCGGGAGACCCCGAGGCUGGAGUGAGUCUGACAAUGUGGUUCUCUACACCACCCCCUGAAGACAUUGAACCUGAGACAGACAUGGUGAGCAGUGAUUUGGAUUCCCUUCGAACCAAGUACUGUCCUGACUUCGACUUAAAGGCAGAACUAGAGAAAGGUCUUGUACCCUCGCCACCACCUUCUCCUAUUCGUAAGAAGAGCAGAGUCGUUAAGCGUAAGUUUGAUCCUCUCGUCUCUGAUGUCGCCAGGGAUUUCAAAAAGUUUCGUGGAGGUUACCAGGGUCGUGGAGGCCGUGGAGGCUCUAGGGGCAUGGGCCGAGGUCGUGGACGCGGGGGCAUGGGUGAUAUAUUUCGAUCUCGUAAACAGAAUACAAGCCGACCCCCCUCGAUGCAUGUGGAUGACUUUAUGGCCAUGGAACAACACAAUAUGCAGCCUGGUAACAAAGGACAAGAAAACAUGCAAAACAGASGCGGAGGAAUGAAGGGUCCAAUGACGAACCGAUCACCAAUGGACAGAGGAGGCGCAGGAUUCAUGGGGAACCAGCAACGAUGGGCUAACCUACCCACACCUUUCCGUAAAGGCCCAGGUCCCCAAGGUGUCGGUGGACGCGGUGGAGCGGGUGGAACGCCUGACUGGACUGGUCAGCGUCAGUUUGGUGGAUUCCCAGGACAAAGAGGUUUCCAAAGAGGUCCAAACUGGAGCAGUCCCCAAGCAUCACAGCAAUAUCGAGGUGGAGGAAUGAGAGAGAACCAGUACAACAGACCACAAGGGCGUGGCUACUGGGAUACACCACGCACCAACAAAGACUCAGAUGCAAGGUUCAUUCCUUCGCCUAAUGUCGGUGCCUAUCGACCAGGAACAGGGCGCGGCUAUCAAGGAAGACACCUCAGGUCAUUCACUCGCUAACUCAAUAUUAAUAACAUCAAAUAAUCAAUGCUUAUGCUUUUCAAUGCUUACCCCCAUGGAACCUAUAACUACUGCAGCCUUUUGUAAGUCCGUGAGCUAAAACUUUAUUAAAUUAUUUUAAGUGUGA